UGGAGAUCUCUGACCACAGCUGCGACAUGAUUUACAGUGCUGCAAAUGUGUUUCCCUGGCAGUGGAUAAUCAGUGCUGGACUGGAACUUGAAUGAGCUGGGCAGGAACUCCCUUGCCUUGGCUCCCUCACAGGGCAUCCCAAUUAACCUGAGUCACAUUUGUCACAUUUCUCUGUUCACUGGGACUAUUGCUCUGUAUAUGGGUGAACCCCAAGUGUCUUGCAUGAUGUGAGGCUGCUUCAAAUGGAAACGGGAUCGCAGCUGGGCUGUCAUUCUGAAAUUACCUCUUCCCAGGGGUGAAAUGUGCUAUUCCCUCUGCUCCCCACUCCCCCAUGGGACUGCUAUAAGGAGUUUGCCAAUGAGUAUAAAAAGCUGGUGUUUUCACAUGCAUAAGAGGCACCUUAAGCAUGACAAGGAAGAUCUUCACCAACACCAGGGAGAGGUGGAGGCAGCAAAAUGUCAACAGCGCCUUUGCCAAGCUGCGGAAACUCAUUCCCACCCACCCACCAGACAAAAAAUUGAGCAAGAAUGAGACCCUCCGUUUAGCCAUGAGAUACAUCAACUUCCUUGUCAAGGUCCUGGGGGAGCCAGGCCUGCAGCAGACAGCAGUGGCAGCUCGGAGCAGCAUCCUGGGGUUCUUCCAGCAAGCCCCACACUUGCAAAGCAUGGAGGAGCUGACACUAAUUGAAAACUGUGGUGUCUCCUGUCCUGGCAUGAGCAGCAAUAUAGUAGAGUGUUGGUCAGAGACAUCAUCUCCCUAGCAAACAAUGAGAUGUGCAGUCUUGGUGCUAGUCUUGAUAGUCCCUCUCCUUUUGAUCCUCUAUGUAUUGUGAAUAUUUAUUCAUAUUUAUUACUAUUUUAUUUGGUAUGCAUUUUUAUUUAAUAGGAAAGGAAAUCCUUGGUCAUCCAAAAACCUGGAGGUCCAGAGGGAGAACUUGCAGUCCCUGGGAAAUUGGAAGGACUCACUGCUGUCUCACUGAGUCCUCUCCAAGCCAGAGGAGCCUUCUACCCAGAUCUCCUCCAUAAAUCAGGCCGUACAAACUCAUUCAGUGUUUCUGACAUGGAAAGAGAUUAUUCUCCCGUGCUAAUUCAAGGAAACACUACUGAGAUGAAGAAUGAUGACUGCACCACAAAAUUUGUCCAAGACAGACAUCUGGCCUUGGUAGUGAAAGAUUUUGAGAGAUGUGAUAUUUGACACAGUCCUCCACCAGUUGUUCCAGAGGCUAAUUGCAGUCACUCUUGAGCUUGUGAAUCUUAUUUCCAGCUUGAUUCUUUUUUUUGAGAAUGCAAGUCCUAGUCCUUGAACCUGGCUACAUCUUUCUCCGUCAGACUGGAGGGAUCCCUAGUGUCAGAGCAAAAUGUAUUAAAUAAAACUAGUGCCAAUUUAAACUUAAAGAAGACAUAGUCGCAGAUGAGUUUCAGUGGGUUCAAUAGGCAGAGUAUACCUCCUUUGUAGCAGAGCCAGUGUACAUGCGAAGGAUGAUAGUCAGCUAUGCUCCAGAUGCCUUAAAAGCCCAUCAAAAAGAGGUUGGUGGAUAAAUGUCUUUGCAUACCCAGCUGACUGCCUUUAAACUCCUUGAUUUCACCUGCUGUAGCUGAGGUAGCUACAGCUACAGCUGUAGCUGUAGCUGGAUACUAUCCCAAAUGGGCUGAUGGAGCAAGGACAAAGAAAUUGGUGUAAAUGAUUUUCAUUUCAUUCAGCAAGUAAUUUCCCUAUAGGGAGAAACCCCAGCCAUCAUGCUCGUUGGUGUUUGGAUGACAAGCAGGUUGAAAGAGGUUUCAUGAAAGUGGUUUCAUGUUGUUGCCUAAAAAAAAAUUUAAUUUCCUGAUCGAGUUCUAACCUGUGCCAUAAAAGGCCUGGGCUGCUCAUGUGAGGUACAGAGCAGCCCAGAGCAGCAGAAAAAAAUGACACGGGCUUGAAGUAGAAAGCCUUCCUGGUCAGAUCCCACUGACAAGUCCUCUGGAUUUCCAUGUGGACCAAGGUACAUGUCAAGGCUUAGAAAAGACAAUUGUUCAGGACUUGUGAAGAAAUGAAGCUUCCUUAGGCCAAAGCACGUCCCUGGGCUGUUUCUGUUUGUUCAUGAGACAAUGAGGUGCCUUCAGAAAGCAGGGAUAGGGUUUGUGCACGUAAUAUGUACAGCACUUCUGCAUGAGGGGAUUUGGCACCUGAAGCUGAGCUGCCUUUCAAAGCCUCACCAAGCAUCAGAUGCACCAAAGAAGCCAGGGCUGGCUCCUGCUACGGGUAUAUUGGGCUAUCCUGAGAAUUGACAAAGACCAAGGACACAGCCCACCCCGUCCAGGACUGGUGUUGGAAGGCACAGGCAUGCCAGUGGACAGAGUUUGACCAAAAAGAAAAGGAAAAAAACAAAAAACUGAAAGGGUUUCUGUUGAUUUGGUUUUGGUUUUGAACACUGCUAAUAGUCAGUUUGCUUAUCCCUGUGUUUGUGAGCUGUCAGGACUGCACUGGAGGGCAGCUGAGUGAAAAGGCACUGAGAGUACAUCCUUCCUGUGGCUUGUUUCUUGCCACCUCUGCCCACUUUAAUGGGAUUAAAUGGAGCCACAGCCUCCUGUGCACAGCAGCACCUCAGAGGUAAUGAGCCAGGUCCUCCUCUCAGCUUUCUGCUGGCUCACUGGAGUUACAAUAGAACAGAUUAGUCCAAGUAAAUCAGGGCACUUAUUGGUGAGGUGUGGUGGUACUGUUUGGUCUAUCAGUCAUUUGCUGUCUCAGGAAACACACAGUCACCAAGGCAAGGCAAAACAUCUUGUGAGAAGCUGUCAUCCAGAGGAAGGGAAAGAAAACCUGGCAGUUUUGUAAUGUAACACGCUUGUUGUAUUUUCUGUGCUAAAAAAAACUUCCCUUCUUGUCAUUGCUUUGGUUCAUAUCAGUGCUUUCUUUGAUCUCCUUUCAAUUUAGAAGCUCCCUGCUCUCACACUCAGCAAGUAUCUCACUAACCUAUCUACCAAAGACUUUUUUUUUUGGUCAUUUCUUCUUUGUGUUUUGGGGAUUUAUCUGUAUGAUCAUGAACACAUACGGUGUAACUGAUACCAUUCUGUGCUAUAUGAUGUUAUUUAACUUCUAAUAUAUUCCAAAUAAAUUAUUUAAUUAACUAA